ACUGACUGAACCUCAAAAAUUUUUGAACGGUAUUAAUCAAAAAUAGGAAAAUAUCAACAUUUUCCCACCUGCAUAUAAUUUAUUUAAUUUAUUUCCUAUCUCAAUCGUAAAUAAAACAAAUUCAUCCUGCAUCCAAAUCAGCGUAUGAGUCAUGCCCUCGAAAUGGUGCUCGCUCCCCGAAAGCAUCCAUUCGUUGGCAUGAAAAUUGACGACAAUUCAAUUCUGGACACUAUCGAUGGUCGAUAUCCGUGUCCACAAUGCUAUCGCUCCCGCAAAUUCUUCUGCUACACUUGUUACGUCCCUGUGGGUGAGUUGGGUAAUAUUCUACCCAAAGUCACUCUUCCCGUUAAAUUAGAUAUCAUAAAACAUAAAAAAGAAAUCGAUGGCAAAAGCACUGCGAUUCAUGCAGCUGUUCUAGCUUCAGAUAGCUGCAGAAUCUUUACAUACCCUGACAUACCCGAUUACUCGAAAGAGGAAGGUGUUGUACUUAUAUUUCCUGGAGCUGAAAGUGUUACAGUUGGUCAGUUAUUUGAUAAGAAUGUAAGGUUGAAUACGGAUGACAAUUUUGGUCUACCCUACGGAUGGAAUAUGGGAACUCUUCUGCGAAAGAGAGUUCCUGAAGUUCUAACUGAUGGAGGACAUAAAGAACAAGAUCAUAUUUAUACCUUUAAUAAUCUUCCAGUUAAACGUGCAGUUCUAAUCGACAGCACUUGGAAUCAAAGUCGAAGCAUUUACAAGGACAAACGGGUCUGUAGUUUGAAGCCCGUCGUGCUACAGAAUCGUUGUUCACAAUUUUGGCGGCAUCAAAAAGGAAGCCCGAGGUGGUAUCUCGCUACAAUUGAGGCUGCCCAUCAAUUCAUGAUAGAAGUUCACAUGAACGCUUGGGGAUUGAAUAAAAACUAUCAAGGAUUUGAGAAUUUGGAGAUUUGUGAUGAUUGCUUCCAGACGACAAGUGUAAUUGACCAUGACGAAGAGGAUAUGAGUCCCACAGCGCCCUACAAUGGGCACUAUGAUAAUAUGUUGUACUUUUUCUCAAAUAUGUACGACCUUAUUCACAAGUACUAUGACCACAAUGAGUUGAAAUCUUAUAAAAGACCGAUAUAGGAAUUCAUGGGAGGAAAUAAUAAAAAAGUUUGUUGCGUUUUCUGGAGAAA